CAGUCUCUGCAUCUUUCGAUCAGCUGCUCUUGUUGCAACCCAAUUUCUUUUCCCCCAACCUUCAGAGGGAAGACAGACUGUUGGUUCAGCUGCAGAGUCACGGUGCGCCUGGAGCCUUCAGGCCAGCACUAGGAGAGGAGAGUGAAGCGACUUGCCCAUCGUCGCGUCAACCCGAGAGAGACAGAGAUGAGGGGCGGCGGGCGGGCGCGGCAGAACGCGAUCCGGUCGGGCAUCGUGGUGCUGGGCGCCGCGGCCUUCGCCUACCUCUCCUACCGCGUCGGCUUCAAGCCCUACCUCGACCGCGCCCAGGAGGCCAUGGACUCCCAAAUCCACAGCUCCGACCACGCCGCAGCCGCCGCCGC